AUGGAUUGGAUCUCGGUAUACUGGUUUAACUACUGCCUCUUCAUGAUUGUCAAAAACGGCAUAUCCACAGAAAGGUCCUGGUCCAACAACAUGUCUGUUGGUCAAUAUUAUCCCUCUAUCACGAUCCACCACAAACCCAGUGGCUUCACUUACAAGGGAAGUUUCCGUAUCAAAGUUGGAAAUUUGGCUGAACUGAAUAGAAACCACUGCUUUCACAACUUUGGUUAUAGUUUUCUGCCACUUGUCGGACCUAUCGAUUGUUUCAAAGAUUUCAGAACUAUCUGA